GUGAAACUGAGUGAAGUUAUCUACGCUGGUUCAAGAGCAAGAGAUGUAACGUGUUAAGGAAGUAGGCGUAUACCUGAAACCACUGCGAAAAGAAGCGUGUCAUAGAAAUUACAUCAGGAGGCACUAACCCAUGAGCUAAACUACAAAGCAAAGCCUACGUAGUCCCGCAAUGGAAUUUCCACUGACAGAGGAAUUAAAAGGGGGAUCGCAGUGAACCCGUGCACUUCCAGUGAGAGAGCAGAACAGAGCCACACAGAGCAGAUAAUACUAAACUUCUGAAGUAUUGUUGGAGCUGCAGUAAUCCAGUCUCGUGGAGGAUAUACAAUAUCAUCACACCGCUGAUGUACAGCUUGAAGGUCAUCUAAAAAAUUUGAAAGGUCAGUAGAUUACAACUAUGGCUAAUUUGUCAUCUUUGGCAUCGUUUCUUGUCAAUAUUACCCAGCCUUCAAUAACUUCUAGUACACCAGAACCAACCUGUAUAAUUGAAGAUGGUCUCCUCUCAACAGUGCUGCCUAUUUUCUACUCCAUUAUUUGUGUGAUAGGGCUGGUGAGCAACGUAAUGGCCAUGAGGGUGUUUUACUUCAAUCAGAAGAAGGCAACAUCGAUCUCGACUUACAUGAAGCACCUGGCCCUGGCUGACCUCCUGUUGUUGCUCUGCCUUCCAUUCAGGAUCGCCUACCACAUCGGAGAGUACGCCUGGAUGGCCAAGUGCUACUUCUGUAAGAUUAUUGGGGCAUUCUUCUACAUCAAUAUGUACGUCAGCAUUGCAUUCCUGGUGCUGAUCAGCCUGGACCGCUAUUUGAAGAUCACGAAGCCUCUUCGCACAUUCAGAAUCCACAGUGUGAAAUGGAGUUCAGGCAUAUCCAUGGCUUUGUGGGCACUCAUCUCUCUGUUAAUGCUACCCUUUGUUGUGCUGAGCAGCACAAAGUCAAAAGACUCAAAAUGCUUCCACUAUAAAAGGCAAACUAUGCCAGCGGGUUUAAUGAACCUGACAGCCGUCAUAUUCAUCUUCAUCCUCUCUUUGCUUUUCCUGGUAUCUUAUGCUAAGAUUGCUGUCAAGCUCUACAAGAUCUCCCAGGGGAAAAAGAAGGAAGAAAUCCGGAAAGUGAGAACUAGAGCAAUUUUGAAGACAUUUAUCGUUCUUGUGAUCUACAUUGUGUGCUUCAUGCCGUACCACAUUGUUCGAAUCCCGUACGUGCUCUCUCAAAUGGAUAUAAUUUCUAGUUGCAUCUCAAAAAAUUCCCUGCACAUAGCCAAUGAACUGGUACUGUGCCUCUCUGCUCUCAACAGUUGUCUUGAUCCAAUCAUCUAUUUCUUCCUCUCCAACUCCUUUCGUAGGACUGUACUUAACACCUUUCAUGGAAAAUUCAACAAAACUUUUCCCAAAACCAAUGGCACGAUGAACAGUUUCAAAUCCAUCACAGAAAUCUGAAGUUAAGAGGUGCGAUCCCGGAGUAAAUGGGAUAGGAACAGAAUGCAUGGCCUUCAUGGCAGCAAAAUUGCAGCAACUAUCUUGCUGGACAAUGGUAGUUCUGGAAAGGAUUGGCAUUAUUGCAUUCCUAUGGGCUGAAACAGCCCUACUAGAGAGAACACAAGUUCCAUUUAUGGAUGCAUCUCAUAACUAGCCUGGCAAGUACAUGAGGAAAAUACAUGGUCACAAUAAGGAAAGUAAGUGCAGGAGGAUGAGUUCAGCUACAGUAAUGUGAAGCCUGUUGAAUACUGGAAUUCAUGGGGAUGAAAAUAUCAACCAUAGACUCCUUUGAUGCAACUAUACAACUACUUCCUCUGUGGCUUCAUUCAAACAGGAUAUUACAGUCUUUUUGCAAAGAAGAUAUAUGACCUAAAUUACAUUGAACUUACAGAGAGCACUUCAAAUGCUCCCCAGAUCAUUUCAAUGCAACAUUAUUACGUAAGGAAAAAUAAGCACAUUCAAGGACAGUCAUGCAACAUGUUCAGCCUGGCAAUUCUACCUUCCCAAUCUGUGUGGACACAAGAGAGUGUAGACUCUCUGGAGAAGGGCAGAUGAACUUCCCAAAAUCAAAACAUAAGUUUUAUGGAUGAGUAUUUCAUAGUGAAAGUAAUUGUUGUUUUAGUGAGAACCAAACUUCUGAACUAAAUAUUUUUUUAAAAACCUUUGGUCUUGUUGGUUUACAUAGUUGUUCAUGGGAUUGAGAAGAAGGUUGUAAAUUAAUUUUCCUGUGCAAUAAACCAGUUUAAAGACAAAAAAAAUGUACUGGACUGUGGGUGAGCUGACUUACUAUCUUGACGUUUAAAGAACUGCUCUGUUUUGGAUGUAUAAGUCCCAUUUUACGUUUGUAGAAAUCAUUGUUUUCAAUGGGACUGGUAAAAUUUGAACCAUUGAAAUGUUCAAGCUGUAAAUAAAGGCAAUAUGCAAAAGAAAAAUAUAAUAACCUAUAACAUGCUCACUGUGUUCAUCAACACCUUAACACUUGGUCAAAAAGAUGAUUUUGUAUACAUUAGCUUUACUCCAA